AGCCGCAGCAGCAGUAGCAGUCAGGCCGCUCUGUUCCAAGAUGUCUGCGCCCUGAAGGAUGCUGCUGACAGCGUGAAGGUACAGGACAAGUUUCAGUGGAUGGAUUCUCAGUUGGCUUGGAGACAUAUUUGAGGUUUUCCACACGGAUCAGGAUGUCAAAGAUCUCAAAGGCCGCAAAGGCUGUGAAAAAAUUGGACACCAACACUGUGAUCCGGGCUAUAGUGAGGUCAGGACAAGCAGCCCCUGGACCCCCGCUCGGGCCCAUUCUGGGACAGAAAGGAAUCCCCAUCGGACAGUUCUGCAAGGACUUCAAUGAAAAAACCAAGGAGCUGAAGGAGGGCAUCCCUCUGCCCAUCAAGAUCCAUGUGAAGCCUGACAGAACAUAUGACCUAAAGAUCGGACAGCCCACCGUGUCCUAUUUCCUCAAGCAAGCAGCAGGAAUUGCAAAAGGGGCCAGCCAAACAGGCCACGAGACUGCAGGGAUGGUGUCGGUGAGAGCGGUGUAUGAGAUUGCUCAGGUGAAAUCUCAGGAUGAAUGCUUCACGAAGAGGAACGCCUCCCUCCAGACCGUUGUCAAAUGCAUCAUUGGCUCGGCCCGUACGCUGGGCAUUAAAGUUGUCAAGGAUCUCUCAGCCGAUGAGUACAAAGUCUUCUUGGAGCAGAGAGAGGAGAAGCUGAAGGCUGAUGCUGCAGCUGCUGCAGUAGCUGCAGCUGAAGCGGCCAAGAAGAAAUAACAUUUUAAAACAACUGUAAUACUGACCUCCAUUUGUUUUGACUCUAUUCAUGUACUUCAUUUAUGAAAAACUUUCUUAUUAUGUUAAUAAACAGUCACUUGUUA